AUGGAAGCAUGCCUCCAGUUGGGUGGCCUGGAUUCCGUUGCGGCAGAUGGUGGGCGCCCCUGGCCGUCGUAUGUGGGACAGUAUACCGGAGCGAGAGUGCACAACUACGCCGUUUCAGGAGGCGUGUGUUCGAAUGCCAUUACGCCAGAGAUCUCCAAUGCAACACACCAGCUUUUUGCGGAUGUUGACACGUACGGUGUUCCCGCGUUCUUUGCGGAUAGCCAGUAUACGCUCCCCAACGGCACCAAAUUUAUGGACAUCUCUCCCGAGUCUACUGUCUUCGCUAUCAUGAUUGGGGGGAAUGAUGUGGGAGCCCACGCGUUUUUGACCGACUCACAAGUCUCCGGAAAGACUAUUCCUGAUUAUGUUGAUUGUGUAUUCGAACAAAUUGACCGUCUCUAUAAGUACGGAGCUCGUUACUUUCUUCUUAACCAGCUUGGCGCCAUGUACCUUGCUCCACAGUACGCAAUGCCAGCUGCUGGAGGUCUCAAAGCAUCCCAAUACUGGCCAGACAAGUACAGCAACGCUACAGCGGCCUCCCAACGAAUGUUAGAGCAGGUGGCUCUUGUCAAUGCCAUAUAUGAAUUAAGGACACCGCUGGAGGUGGAGUACCAAAGAAGAUACCCUGGAGCACAAUUUGCCCUCGUGAACCUCGAAGCACUGAUGAAUGAUAUCUAUCACAAACCUUCCGACUAUUUUAAUGGGACUGCUCCCUUUAACGUGACGGGUUAUUUGAACCAUUGUACGCUGGAAGGGACGGACUGCGUCCGCAUUGACAACAAUAACCCGGACGCAUUUAUGUGGUUCGAUGAGUUACAUCCUUCCGAACAAACUUGGCGCAUGGUAGCCCGAAACUUUGUCGGAAUCAUUCAAGGUCGCAGCAAGUGGGCCCAGUACUACUCUGGGUAA